UGAGACGCAGCGAAGUCCUAACGUCCAAUCCAUCUGUACACUGAGUUCAGAGAAACCGCGCGCUGGUCCCUCAUUUCGAGUUAUAUUUUCCUUGGUCGAUAAGAACGAAAGGGGAAACGCACAUUUUAGAUUCAGAGGUUGGCUACAAAUAAGAACACGUUUUGUGUUGCUUUGGACUUUUGUUUUUGACCGUUUUUUUGUAUACUGUGUAAUGGAUAUUCCUAAUCGUUUCCGUCUGUAACAGACACUGUGGUGCACCUCUGGACUGCGUCGCAUUUAUGGACCCCUCGCUUAAUGAUGACUAUGAGUUCCAUGUCGGAUAGUUUGAUCGCCUCAGACCCUUCCAAAUCAGCCUUUCUGGAAUUCGGACACGGCUAUCCCAGCCACCAGCAACACUCCCCCGGCUUGCCUCACAACCAUUACUCGGUCCACGGAUUGCAUCCCGUUGGACAUUCGGCGCACGAUAGCCCGUUUUCCUCCAGCGCCUCUUCUUAUGGCCGUCCACUGGGAUAUCCCUACCACAGCUCGGUUAGCGCGCACCACCCGGGCUCAUAUCUCCAGUACCAACACGGCGGUCAUAACAACGCACCUAACCACACAAGACUAGACGAUACAGAGCACGAGAAGCCAACCACGGUGAUUGAAAAUGGAGAAGUUCGACUGAACGGGAAAGGGAAGAAAAUUCGGAAACCCCGAACCAUCUACUCCAGUUUACAACUGCAGGCGCUUAAUCAGCGGUUCCAGCAAACCCAAUACCUUGCGCUGCCCGAGCGCGCAGAUUUGGCCGCAAAAUUAGGCCUAACUCAAACGCAGGUAAAAAUAUGGUUUCAGAACAAACGCUCCAAGUACAAAAAAAUCAUGAAGCAUGGGCCAGGCGAGGGAGAUCACCUGCACCCUGCAGCAUCCGCUUCUCCGUGUUCGCCGGGGAUGCCGCCUCUAUGGGACGUUUCCAUGACGACUAAGAGCACACCCGUGCAUUCAGGCGGCUACAUGAACAAUUUUGGCCACUGGUACCCGAACCACCACCAAGACUCCAUGCCGAGAACUCAAAUGAUGUGAUGGGAUGUAGACGACGACAGGAACAUUGAUUUUCAAUUGUGAACUUAACUUCAUGGCAUCUCAUUAUUUUAUUUUUUUAAGUGAAGUUUCGAACUGCUUUUUUUCAUUAAGCCUUGUGUAGCCAUUUGAACUGCUUUUUGUUACUGUUGUAGACCUCAUUUAUAGGCUCAACAACUUUGAACGUUGGACCGUUCUAACACAAGCCUAUGUUUGUUUUGGUCUUGAACAUGGCGUUUGAAGAACGGAAACCGUCCACGCUGCAUUCAAGUUAUUAUCCCCGAUUCGGAUGUGGAGUUUGUAUGUAGGCAUUUGUUAAAAAAUAAAGCUUCAGUGAUCAAUUA